AGCAAAGUCCCCGUUUAAGUUUCUCGUUAACCAAACAGAAACGAAAGAAAAUAAAAUAAAAUAACUCCACUUCUCUUUCAGGGAAUGCGAUCUAUGCAUAACUGAAUAAUGAAGACAAUGCUAUUCCGGUCAGUGAUAUUCCUGUUCGCGUUUUCACUACUUUCAAUACCUUCACAAUCGGCAGUGUCGAGCAUAGAUCUAGGCUCAGAAUGGCUAAAAGUAGCUGUUGUAAACCUAAAACCUGGCCAGAGUCCUAUAUCCAUAGCCAUCAACGAGAUGUCGAAACGUAAAUCUCCGGCUUUGGUUUCGUUCCAUGCAGGCACUCGUCUGCUUGGCGAAGAAGCCGCCGGAAUCAUCGCACGACACCCGCAUAAAGUCUAUUCACAACUCCGUGACAUGAUUGGCAAACCGUACGGACAAGUUAAACAAUUAAUUGACACUUUGUAUUUGCCUUUUGAGAUUGUGGAAGAUUCUAGAGGAGCUGUUAGUUUUAAAGUAGAUGAUGGCGGUGAAAAUGGUGGGAAAUUUUAUUCUGUGGAGGAGUUAUUGGCGAUGAUUUUCGGUUACGCUGUUAAUUUGGCCGAGUUUCAUUCGAAGGUGUUUGUGAAAGAUUCUGUUAUUUCUGUGCCGCCGUAUUUUGGGCAGGUUGAGAGGAAGGGAUUGUUACAGGCGGCGGAAUUGGCUGGGAUUAAUGUGCUUGCUUUGGUUAAUGAGCAUUCUGGUGCGGCAUUGCAGUAUGGGAUUGAUAAGGAUUUUUCUAAUGGUUCCAGGCAUGUUAUAUUUUAUGAUAUGGGAGCUACCACUACUUAUGCUGCACUGGUGUAUUUUUCAGCUUAUAAAGCCAAGGAGUUUGGCAAGACUGCAUCAGUCAAUCAGUUUCAGGUAAAGGAUGUUAGAUGGGAUCCAGAACUUGGAGGUCAGAAUAUGGAAUUACGCUUGGUGGAGUACUUUGCAGAUGAGUUCAAUAAACAAGUUGGAAAUGGUGUUGAUGUCAGGAAGUCUCCGAAGGCAAUGGCUAAAUUAAAGAAACAGGUGAAACGUACAAAGGAAAUUCUUAGUGCGAACACAGCAGCACCUAUAUCAGUUGAAUCUCUCUAUGAUGAUCGGGACUUCAGGAGCACCAUAACACGUGACAAAUUUGAAGAGCUCUGCGAGGAUCUUUGGGAGAAGUCUCUUACACCUCUAAAGGAAGUGCUUAAGCAUUCAGGCUUAAAAGUUGAUGAGAUAUAUGCUGUAGAGUUGAUUGGAGGAGCGACUAGAGUGCCAAAGUUGCAGGCUAAGCUUCAAGAAUAUCUGGGAAGGACAGAGCUAGACAGGCAUCUUGAUGCUGAUGAAGCUAUAGUUCUUGGUGCAUCUCUGCAUGCUGCAAAUUUAAGUGAUGGAAUCAAACUGAAUCGCAAACUAGGAAUGCUUGAUGGUUCUUCCUAUGGUUUUGUGGUUGAACUGGAUGGACCUGAUCUUGUGAAAGAUGACAAUACUCGGCAGUCACUUGUGCAACGGAUGAAGAAACUUCCCAGUAAGAUGUUCAGAUCCAUUAUCCAUAACAAAGAUUUUGAAGUUUCACUUGCAUAUGAAAGUGAUGAUCUUUUACCCCCUGGUGUUAUCUCUCCAGUGUUUGCGAAGUAUGAUGUGUCUGGUUUGACAGAUACUACUGAGAAGUAUUCAUCUCGAAAUUUGUCCUCUCCCAUCAAGGCAAAUCUGCAUUUCUCUCUCAGUAGAAGUGGAAUUCUUUCUUUGGAUCGAGCAGAUGCUGUUAUUGAAAUCACAGAAUGGGUGGAAGUUCCUAAAAAGAAUCUGACUGUGGAGAAUGCAACUUCUUCUCCCAACAUUUCACUUGAAACAGGGGCUGAAAACUCUUCUGAAGGAAGCAAUGAGAACUUGCAUUCUGAUGGUGAUCCUAUUAAUUCAUCUAACUCCACUGUCGAAGAACCAAAUAUUAUUGAUCAACCUACAGAAAAAAAAUUGAAGAAGAGGACUUUCCGGAUACCUUUGAAGAUAGUGGAGAAGACAGCAGGACCUGGAAUGUCUUUUUCGAAAGAAGCUCUUGCUGAAGCUAAAGCUAAAUUAGAAGCAUUGGAUAAGAAGGAUGCAGAGCGAAGAAGAACUGCAGAGCUAAAAAAUAAUUUAGAAAGUUACAUAUAUGCAACUAAAGAAAAGCUUGAAACAACUGAGUUUGAGAAAAUUUCUACUGGUGAAGAGCGGCAAACCUUUAUCGUAAAACUUGAUGAGGUGCAAGAUUGGCUUUAUAUGGAUGGUGAAGAUGCUACUGCUAAGGAGUUUGAGGAACGCCUAGAUUCGUUGAAAGCUGUUGGUGACCCUAUAUUUUUCCGAUUUAAAGAGCUUACUGCAAGACCAGCAGCUGUUGAAUAUGCUCGAAAAUAUCUUGGGGAAGUGCAACAGAUUGUUCAUGACUGGGAGACAAACAAGCCUUGGCUUCCAAAAGAUAGAAUAGAUGAGGUUUUGAAAGAUGCUGACAAGUUUAAGAGUUGGUUGGAUGAGAAGGAGAAUGAGCAGAAGAAGACAUCUGGAUUCAGCAAACCAGCUUUCACCUCGGAAGAAGUAUAUGAUAAAAUAUUUAAUUUGCAAGAUAAGGUUUCCAGCAUUAAAAGAAUUCCAAAGCCAAAGCCUAAAGUUGAGAAGAAGCCUGUGAAGAAUGAAACUGAGAGCAGCGGUGAGGACGGAAAAGAUUCCAACUCGACGUCUGAGGAGAAAACCUCCCAAACCGAGAAACCAGCUUCAGAUUCCAGCUCACCUUCUGAGGAGAAAACCUCAGACACUGCGGAAUCAGAUGGCUCAUCAAGUGAGAAGAAGGUUGACUCUGAAUCUGAGGUGCACGAUGAGCUAUGAUCAAAUCAAAUUCGAAUUUCCCACUGAUUCAUAACUGAUUAUCCACCUUCUCUUUUAGAAUAUACGGGUAGGUCUGCCCGGUUGUUCGGCAUGCAGUAGUUGAAAGAGUAUGUGGCAGCCUUGCAGGACAUUUUGCGUAUUGAUAAUUAGGAUGCUUAUUAUACAAAAACUGUGUUACUAAGGGGCACUUAUUCAAUCUGUCCCCCAAAAAAGUUUUGAUAAUUUUUAUGCCAAUCUUAUAGGAAUUUUGUUGUUUGA